CCCCCCCCUUGCUCUUUCUCCUUCGAUCAAGGGCAUAGAUGCAAAAUCUCCUACCCCCUUUUUCUCCUUCGUCUGAUUUGCUGUGAAGCUGAAGCAACCCAACAGCUAACAUUUUUAUAUCACAACAGCCCAAUCCAACCCCACCUCUCUCUCUCACUCUUCUUUUCCAAAUCCCCGCUCCCCUCUCUAAUCUCCAUCCCCCUCUUUCAAAUUAUUACACAGACGCUUCUGCGUUUUUUUAAAGUUUAUUGCUUUUUAAUUCACCUCAGCUCCAACGGAAGACUGAGCACUCCAUCCGGAUAGCAAAACGAAAAGAAAAGGAAGACCUUUAUGCCUCAUUAGAUCUGCUUUCUCGUUCUCUUCCUCGUAGUUUAAACCCACUGCAAUCUUCUCUUCCAAGAAAAUGGGAGCCGUUACAUAACAUCAAUGGCGCAGAGGUUAUGAGGAAGCAAUACACAGAUCAAAGAUGUUCAAGGCAGCGAGAUGGAGGACUGAUAGGAAUAAGAUUAAAGCAGUUUUCAAAUUUCAGUUCCGAGCUACAAAGGUUCGUCAUGAGGGAUGGGAGGAGCUCAUGGUUUCUCUGUUUCCGAUGGACGCUGGAAAACCGACCGCGAGAUCGGAGAAGGUGGCGGUUGUCAAUGGAUCAUGCAACUGGGCGAUUCCAAUUUAUGAGACUGUGAGGCUGAUUCAGGAUUCAAAAACCGGGAAGAUCAAUGAGAAAAAUUACAAUUUUGUUCUCUCAGCCACCGGUUCGGUGAAAUCCGGGGUUUUGGGGGAGAUCGUCGUCAACCUAGCAGAUUACGCGGAGAGCAUCAAACCCUAUUCUGUUUCUCUUCCUCUCAAAGCGCCCAAUGCUGAAACAGUUCUGCAUGUUACUGUGCAAAGAGUGGCGGGUGAAGCUGAGGGGAGAGUAUUGGAUGAGGAUGGAGACAGAAGUACAAAGCAGCCGCAGCGAAGAACCCUAAGGAGCCAAAUGGGCGAUUCUGCAAUGGAAGAAGGAAAAGUUUUGGCUAAAAUUGGUGAUGGAAUUAAACCAACUGAGGAGGUCUCAUGCGCUGAAAACCAAUCAAAAGCAAAAUUUUCAUCGAGCAGAAUCAUGGCAGUCCAUGUAAAAACAAAAGGAAAUCUCCAAAAAUCCUUCAGUAUGGACACAAUAUCAGCAUCUGGUUCAGAUAGCAGCUCGGAUAGAUACAACCCGAAUGACAAUGGAGCGAAGAAUAACAUCAGCCAACAUGAAUUUGGAAAUUCAUUAUCUCCUCUAAGCAGCGCCGACACUCCUCGAGAUCCCCUUAUCACUUCUGGCAACGAUUGGUCGAUCAUUUCUGCUCCCUAUGGAAGCACCGAUGGAUUGAGCAGCAGUUCUGGGGAGGCAUUGCUGCGAGAAGGAAGACAAGAAUCAGAGAAUUUUGUCGAAAAACUUAAUAAUGAUGCUGUUGUGUUGACGAGACAGCUCGAAGUAUCAAAGUUGGAGCUACAGACUCUUAGAAAGCAGGUCGUGAAAGAGAGCCUGCGGGGACAGGAGCUCGGGAGGGAGUUGCAGAGUAUGAGAGAGGAAAGAGACAGGCUUGAAAGAGAAUGUGUGGAGCUGAAAGCAAAGCCACAAUUUGGAGGAAUGAAUAAAUGGUCAUUACUCGAAGAAACGAAGCACGAGCUGAGUCAUGAGAGAAGCUUGAAUGCGAACCUUCGUUCACAACUGAAGAAGAUGAUUGAGUCCAAUGCUGAAUUGGAGGAGCUAUUACAGCAGAAGAAGAGGCAAAGCACCUCCGAAACUGAGAAAGAUUUGGAGGAGAGGAAGUUUAGAAGUGGACUAGCACAAUUUCAUGACUUGGAGUUGCAGCAAAACUCACUUGAAACUCCCACAUUUGAGGAAGAUGAACAAUAUGCGCUUGAUGUGUUGGUCAAUCAAGCUAAUGAUUUUGAUGGCUUGAGUUCACCGGGUCUCAAGAUUGCACAUCUAACGACUGAGUUAGAGCUGUACAAAAAGGAGCGCGAAGAAAUCGAGAUGCAGAUGGAACAGCUUGCGCUGGAUUACGAGAUAUCAAAACAGGAAAAUCAUGAGAUUUCGAAAAAGCUUGAGCAGAUCCAACUCAGAGAACAGUUGAGGAUGCAAUUUGAUUGUUCGGCUCAUUUUGCUUCGAUUAGCGAGUUAGAAGCCCAAGUCGAGAGCUUGGAGAGCGAAAUCGAAAGACUGACAGAAGAAUUUCAAGCUGACCUGGAAAUUAUCAGUAGGGACAAAGUUGAGCAGGAGAAAAGAGCCAUUAAUGCGGAGGAGGUGCUGAGGAAGAUGAAGUUGUAUAACUACCAUGCAGCCGAAAAGUUGCAGGACGAGUUCAAGAGGUUGGUGGCACAAAUGUCGUCAGCAUAUCAUACAAACGAAAGGUUGGUCAUGCAAACACUAAAAGAAUCUAAUGAGCUACAAUUGCAAAAAUGUGAGCUUGAAGAGAUUUUAGAGAAGAAAAACAAGGAGCUUGAUUUAGUGAGACAUGAACAUCAAAUUAAAUCCCAGCAGCUACUAAAUCUAAUAGAUUUCAAAACAAGGGAAGUGGAAAGCCUGAGUUUGGGACUCAAGGAGAAGCGUGAGGAGCUUGAAAAUCAGUGUACGGCUGAAAAAGCUAGACAAAGAGCAUCCUCAGAACGAAUUGCGCAGCUUACGAGUGAGGUUGAAAAGCUCUCGAAAAAAAAAGAUCGACUUGCUGAAGAGAUUAAACUAAAGAAAGAUUUGAUGGAAGAGAUGGAGCAGCUGAAAACAUCGUUUGGCGAAAGCAAUAUGCUGCUGCGAGCUAGCGAAAAGGAACGAUCUUUACUUGAAAAGGAGGUUUCUUUUUUGAAGGAGGAAGCGAAGAAGUCACUCGAGGAGCUGAACGAUCUCAGGAAACUAAAAUUUGAGAAUGAUGCGACUAUUAGAAAUCUCUGUGAUGAUGGACUAGAAAAGGAGAAUCUGAGGAAGCAAGCUGCUGUUAUUGAGAAGAAGGCGAAGGGCCGCAAUGCAAAAUUCAUAAAUUCUGACGGACUCAUGAAGUUAUCAACAAGAAGCAAGAUUAGUUUGCAUGAGAAGACCCUUCUUCCGGAGAAUGGCAGAAGUGAUGGAGAUUAUGUGCGAAAUCACAUAAUGGAAGACAAGAAAAAACUGAAGGAUUUAAACAGCAUUGGAACGGCAUUAAUCAUAAGUAAUGGCGUUGAAAGUCCAGAGAUUGAAGAAGAAAGAUCAAUCUUAUGCAGCUGUGAACAGCAGAAAACUACAAAAGUGCCGUUAGAAAUGGCAGAACUGAAGAAACAAAAUCAAAUAAUGGAAACUGAGCUAAAUGAGAUGCAACAAAGGUAUUCUGAAAUGAGUUUAAAAUUUGCAGAAGUUGAAGGAGAAAGACAACAGCUUGUAAUUAAAAUUCGCAGUCUAAAAAAUUCUUUGAAAAUUGUUUGAUUUCUUGUGUUGAUUGAGUGCCUUUUCUUCUUUUUGUUUGUAUAGGCGAGAAUCUGGCUUUGCUUAUCGAGAGAUUCAGCUCUUGAUAUUUAUUUUUGU